AUGCUUCCAUCAACGACAGCCGCACGCUUCAUAGGCAGGAGGGGUGCAGCAGCAGGGGCAAGCAAGGGCCUGCCCUUCGAUCGCCUCCUCCCAGUGUUCAAUCCCCCACAGGGGCAUCCUAGGAGAUGUCCUGAGCCGUGUGGCAUUCCACUUGCUGCUGGUCGUAUGGGAAUCGCAGUGGGACGCAGGACAUUGUGCAUGGGGGCUGCAAGGUCUGAAGCAAGGGCUACAGAUAACCUGUAUGAAGUCCUUGCUGGGAAGGAAGUGUACCUUGCUUCAGACCAGAGGUGUGUGGAGGUUACGAGUCUGUGGGGCGACGAGGAGCGGUGUGUUCUUGUCUUUGGGCGGCACAUGGGCUGA